AUGGGAGUAACAAAAAAACCUGAUUUAAGUGACCCUGUUUUACGAGCUAAAUUAGCUAAAGGUAUGGGUCAUAACUAUUAUGGAGAACCUGCUUGGCCUAAUGAUCUUUUAUAUAUUUUUCCAGUUGUUAUUUUAGGUACUAUUGCAUGUACUGUAGGCUUAGCUGUUUUAGAGCCUUCUAUGAUUGGUGAACCAGCAAAUCCUUUUGCAACUCCUUUGGAAAUUUUACCUGAAUGGUACUUUUUUCCAGUUUUUCAAAUACUUCGCACAGUUCCUAAUAAAUUAUUAGGUGUUCUUUUAAUGGCUGCAGUACCUGCAGGCUUAUUAACAGUACCUUUUUUGGAAAAUGUAAAUAAGUUUCAAAAUCCUUUCCGUCGUCCAGUAGCAACAACUGUUUUUUUAAUUGGUACUGUAGUAUCUAUUUGGUUAGGUAUUGGAGCAGCUUUACCUAUUGAUAUAUCAUUAACUUUAGGGCUUUUUUAA